GGAGGACUGCAUUGAAUUGGACAUCUGCAAUCAAGAUUAAACCUAAUAUCUAGUCAUUUUAAAAGUGCACAGGCAAAAAGGUUUGCGUCACUGAUGCUUUUCUGCAAAAUGGGCGAAUAAAUUAAUAAAUGCAUUACAUUAAACGUGGAUACGAUAGAGGGCAUUUUUAGGAUUUAUAACAUGUUUUCUGAAAUACUUGAUUCUGAUUAGCCAGUUCUGUAAAUGUUUCUGCACUGUUUUUGCAAGUAAACCAGUAAAAUAAUUCUGAUUUAAAUCUACAGUUGGUGUCCAUUUAUUUAUUUAUUUAUUUAUUGCCAAGUAAAAUUUAUGUUAUGCACUUACUUAUCUCUUACAACGGCCAUUUACUCAGAUUAAAAUGUUCAUUUUUUUCUUAAACAGUGAUACGGCAUUUUUUUUAUUUAUUUUUUUAUUUUAAGUGAAUUCGCUUUAAAAAUGCGAAGGAAAACAAUUUUUUAAAUGAUUAUUUGUUGAACAGUUAGCGCCAGAUUAAAAUGUGAUCUGGUUUUCUGAUGUUGAUUAUGUCCGUCUUCCUGAUUGUUACUUUCACUUUGUAAACUAAUAUCCCGGAAGUGAAGGAGAAGUGAAUCUAAGCGGAAUGUUACACGGGAAGUCUUCUGUAGGAAUAGAGGAACUAUGGCUACAGCUGCGAGCCUGAGUCUUAUGAAGUCAGCAGAUCUGAUCAAGAAAGAGCCUUUGGACUAUGGAGGGUUUGGGGAAGUUUACCUGUGUUACCACAAAACACUGGGCCAGGUGGUGCUGAAGACGGUCUACACCGGUCCGCCGCGCAAUGGGCGGCAGAAGCAGUCUCUCCUGGAUGAAGGCAGUCUGAUGAGCAGGUUAAACCAUCAGCGAGUGGUCAAGCUGCUGGGUGUUAUUCUGGAAGACGGAGACUAUUCUUUAGUCAUGGAGCUCAUUCCUAAAGGAAACCUGCUCAGCAUGCUGGAGAGGGUGCCUGUUCCAGUAUCUGUGAAAGGAAGGAUCAUUCUGGAGAUCUUGGAGGGAAUGGUUUAUCUCAUGGAGAACCAAGUCAUUCACAAAGAUCUCAAACCAGAAAACAUCCUGGUGGACAAGAAUUUCCACAUAAAAAUCGCAGAUCUCGGUCUGGCCACGUCUCAGACGUGGAGCAAGCUGACGAAAGAGGAGUCUCGCAGACAGAGUCAUCGGGGCAAGAAGUCGUGUGCACGCGCCGCAGGCACUCUGUGCUACAUGGCUCCUGAGCACCUGAAGAGCAUCAACAACCGCUCCACCGAGAAAUCUGACGUCUACAGCUUCGCCAUCGUCGUCUGGGUCGUCCUGACCGGCCGCGAGCCCUAUGAGAAUGCCAGGAGUGAAGAUCAGAUCUGCCACUGUGUGUGUCAGGGUGAGCGUCCCGACGUAGCUCUGAUCCCACAAGACACUCCUCAAGACGUCAUAGAGCUCAUGAAGACCUGCUGGAAUGAAGACCCUCAUCACCGGCCCACAUUUAAAGAUAGCUUUGAAUUUUUUUUACCUUUUUACCAGGAGAAGCUGGCAGUAAAUGUAAAUGCAGAUUUGGAAAGUCUGAUGAGAAUGUAUGAGGGCCCUGAGGAGCUGGUAGAAAAGAUGAAGUCCCUCACAACGGACUCACUCACUCCUGAAGACCCUUCGCCGUGUUCCAGAGACUCUCCAGGGCCCUUGAGGAGCUCAGAAAUCGGCCCGGUGGAGGCCAGCAUUGAAGACCUCAGCUUCAGGACCCCCGAAGAGUCUCUGCUGGAGAUAGACGCAGCGCCUCCCAGCUCUCCCAAUCUGGAGCUCAAACUGGCUCAAGAGUACAACUACCACAAAUACGGCAGUCGUAUAGUGGAUCAGCCAGACGGCAGCGUUUAUAAUCCGCUCCCGCAGCAGCCGGCCAGCAGCAGGUGGGCCGGAGAGGCUUCUUCUGUGAAGUCUUGGACUAAACCCACCGCUUAUCCAAACCUAGAUGAGGAGCUCCAUCUGAGGCCUGCAGGCUCAUCUGACAGAUUGCACAGGCCAGAGUUGGCGAGUCAGCUCUCAGCGCCUUAUUCUGACUAUGACAGACUCCAGCAUCCUCAUCAUCUGCCGUACAAUCGCAUCAAGUCCUGUCCAGAAGGUGAAUCUCGUGCAACGGAGUCUUUUAUGCUGGAUUCACACCCUGGCCUGCAUUUAUCACCUGUCGUAUGUCCUCCAUCUGACUCGGGGUGGCCUGUGACCAUCUCGAAUGCCAGUGCGAUUCAAAUCGGGAGUUACAACACGAUGAAUUUGCGAGUGCCUGAUAACAGCUCCUUCAGCUCGUUAUCCACCGGAUCCAUCAACAGAACCAGAUAUAAUGAGCUUCUGCUGAAGUACGAGGAGUGCACGAUCACUGAGAUCCACCUGGAGGUGGUGCGUCAGAACGUGGGUGGAAACUGGAAGCAGGUGGCUCGUAAACUGGGGCUGACCGACAUAGACGUGGACACCAUCGAGCACGACUACGACCGCGACGGCUUGACAGAGAAGGUGCACCAGAUGCUGGAGCGCUGGAAGAUGAAGGAGGGCCUGCUGGGCAUCACCGUGGGUAAACUGUGCCGUGCGCUGGAGGGCUGCAUUAAAUCCAACGUCCUCCUGCAUCUGCUGCUGAAGUGUCAGGACACCGCUGGAGUGCCUUGAAACGCCACCUUGGGGUUGUGUCAUAAUUAUGUAAUGAUUACAUAAUUGCAUUGGGUAACGGGGCAUUUAUACAACUCUAACAACCUUCAUCAAUCGGUGAAACAUUGCAAAGACGUGCAGUAUUUUUGACAGCCUAGCAUUCACCACUGUAUCAUGGUGUUGGAUGCUACGCCAUAAUGAUUACAAUUCUGUGAACAGAUCAUUGCACAAAAAUAAUCUUUCUGCCAUGUGAUCCGAGAGGACAUCUACAUGACACCAUUUACGCCAUCUACUGGCCUGCUGUGGGUUUUUGGUCGUUUUCGUGGAUUUGUGUGAGCGGGGAUCGUAUUGACAACUUUUCUAAAAUGCAAAAGAAAACCUUUUCCGUUUUUAGUGCAUCGUUUUCAUGUAAACGUACGCUGAGUUUAGAAUAGAUUCCUACGAAGUGCCUUUUUCCUAAACUUGAUCAGUUGAAUUCGUCUUUAUAUUUCAGAAUCACUUGUCACAAUUCUAAGAUGCUUUAUGAUUUCUUUUCUGUUUAGAGAUUUCUUUAAAAUGAAAUACUGGCAUAUAGAUCACUGACAGGAGUUUGCAUGUUCUCCCAAAGAAAGUGUGGGUUUCCUCCGCUUGGUCCGGUCUCCCACAGUCCAGAGGCGUGCAGGUUAAGUGGCCUGGAUAUGCCAAAUUAGCUGGAAGAAUGUGUGUGUGUGUGUGUGUGUGUGUGCGCCUGCGCCUGUUUUUCUAUCCCAGUGGGGACUUAAAACUGAAUGCACACUGACUCGUGGGGAAACAAGCUUAUAAAUCAUACAGAAUGAGUAUUUUUUUGAGAAUGCCUGUAGUUUUCUGUGAGGUGUAGGGUUGCUGUAGGGCGAUAGAAUAUAAAUCCACUGCCAAAUCCAGUGUGUGGAUCAUUCUGCUGUGGCAAAAUGAGAUGAUGAUAAAGAUAUGAUAGUGACAAAUCCAAAGAAAAACCAACAUAAAGUGUCUUUUACGGUGUUGAGCCACAAAAGGGCUUCAGUGCACUUUGGCAUUGACCCUAAUUUCUUAAAAUCAAAGGUUCUUUAUCUGUAAUGAUAGAUGGAUUAACAUAUACAUGAAUGUUUAAGAACCUUAAACAUUCAUAGAGUCUUUCCAUUGCACAAAAGGUUCUUUAUAGUGAACGUAAGGUUCUUCAGAUUAUUAAAAAGUUCUUUACACCAAGAAAACAAUGGUUUUCUUAAGAACCGAUCAGUGAAAGGUUCUUUGAGGAGUCCAGAAUGGUUCUUCUGUGGCAUCAGUGUCGGGGAAAAACCCUGUUGAAAGGUUUGUUUUUCAGAGUGUGCUGAAGGGAUGAAUGUCUCUUCUUCCAAAAGAUAUUUCCUCAUUUGGUGUUUUGAUGAAGAUGUUGUUGGAGAGUGCUGGUUUCAGAUCUGGUGACUGUGAUCUGUGUGAAUGGGACACGAUCCCAUGAAUAGAAAUGUUUCAUCAAUGCUUCAUCAAUCAGCUUUAUAUUGGUUUGCAGGGACCCAAACCAUGAUGUUAGCAGAAUGCUCGUCAGGCUACCCUGUGGAUUGUUUCUUCAUUUGUCACCUGUUUGUAUAUCAAAAAUGUUUUUAAUGCCAUCCAGCGUUUUAUUAAAAUGACCUUUUACUGUAAAGAAA